UGGAUAGUGCAUAGAAAUACAAAGCCAAAAGCUUAUAAUAAUAUAAUUAAUAAUUAUAUUAUAGCUUAUAUAUAUUAACAAACUACUAAAAAUUAAAAAGACACCACGAAACUCACGAACGAAAGCAAAAACCAAAAUACAAGUUUGUACUUGUCAGUGGAUAAUUCUCUCAAAUCAAUAUUCUGAUUUUUUAUCAACAUCGGAAGGUAAAAAUCGAUAAACAUCGCCCAGCACUAGCUGAUUUAAAGUUGUUUUCUUAAAAACAAUAAUAUACAUUUGAAGAACAGAAGAUUUAAUGUUUAAUUAAUGGCCAUUUCGGGAAAAGACUCUCUAAUAAAACAUUUAAAAACCUUUGUGUAUAACCCUCUCAUUAUAAAGAACAACAUAAAUUGCCACAUAUAUAAAACUUUUGAAAAGUGUUUGAACCUAUGUUUUAAUGAAAAAGGUGCUUUGUAUGACUGUAUUUUAGAAAUAGAGAGUGUUCUUGAUUAUCUACACGAGGAACUCAAUACAGGUCAUUGGAGCAAAGUCCCUAUAGAACACAGACACAAUUUUACUACUGCCUCAUUUGUAAAAACCAUUUUACUGCUCACAAGUGAGGAGUUCAGCAGUGAGCUAUUACGAAGAUGUUUAAAAGCUGUCGAUAUGGGGCUCCUACUUGGAGCCCCUUUAGAAGAAAACCCUGAAUUGCUGACUGAGUGUGCCAAAUAUUUGCAAACAGAGUUAAACUUAAUGGAGCCUAUGAGUAUCAACGUUAAAUCAAUUAAGAGAAGGAUAUCAUCAACUGAACAGGAUUUUGAUAAACUGAAUGGAAAUUUAAUUGAGAAAGUUUAUAUGCCUUCAAUAGAAACAUUUAAUAAGAAAUAUUUUGCACCACAAAUACCAGUAAAAUUAAAAGGCUGUAUGGCACACUGGCCUGCCUCAACAAAAUGGCUAGACUUAAAUUAUUUGCUAAAAGUAUUGGGCAAUCGAACUGUGCCCAUAGAAAUCGGUUCACACUAUACUGAUGAAAAUUGGUCUCAAAAACUAAUGACCGCCAAGGAUUUUAUCACUAAACAUUAUUUAUCAGAUAGUGGGGACGUUGGAUAUUUGGCACAACACAAUUUAUUUGAUCAAAUUACAGAGCUGAAAGAAGACAUUAGGAUUCCAGAAUAUUGUUCUUAA